CUUGUGGCCUUUUCGUCUUCUUAAUUUCCCUCCCUCAUUUCUUCAAUUAACUUUACUCACGAGGGAGCGUCGGCGCGUUAGCGCGUAUUCCAUCCCCCCCCCCCCCCCGGCCCCAAACUCCACCUCUACUCCUUCAUUAACUCAUCACCUCAAGAAAGUUCAUUCGUCACCUUUCAAAAAGUCUCAUCAUCAGAAAACACACACACAGAGAGCUCUGUUUCUGUCUCCAGAGCAACCAUUUAUAUGACAAUCCCAUAAGUACAGAGUACAGACUCAGAGUUCAUCAACUUAUCCUUUUUUGUUUUUUUGUUAUUAAUUUUUUUAUUGUUCUUGUGUUGGUGUGGCAAUGGCGAUAUGGACCAACUUGUCGCAUUAUCUAACAUCGAAAUCCAAGAAAGCUAAUCUUUACUACGUGGCUGCAACUGUUAUUCUUUGUUGUACCUUUUAUGUAAUCGGACUUUGGCCACAAGGUGGUGUUAACACCACUCAAUUAUCCUCCACCACCCUCCUACCCACCCUCCCCUGCAACCCAUCAAUUAAAAACACAAAUUCCAAUUACGGUUCAUCGAUUUCCCUCGACUUUACCGCCCACCACACCGCCGCUGACCUUGUUCCACUCUCACCAUCGGCGCGUGUAAACCACUUCCCUUCAUGCAACCCUGAGUUGUCCGAAUACACCCCAUGUGAGGAUUCAAAAAGGUCGUUGAAAUUCGAUAGAAACAUGCUUAUUUAUAGAGAAAGGCAUUGUCCUGAGAAGAAUGAGUUAUUAAAGUGCAGAAUUCCGGCACCUUUUGGUUAUAAACCGCCGUUCAGGUGGCCGGAAAGUCGUGACUCGGUUUGGUAUGCGAAUGUUCCGCAUAAACAUCUUACGGUAGAGAAAGCUGGUCAGAAUUGGGUCCGGUUUAAGGAUGACCGGUUCACAUUCCCCGGCGGCGGCACCAUGUUCCCACGUGGCGCCGAUGCUUAUAUUGAUGAUAUCGGAAAGUUGAUCAAUCUUAAAGAUGGUUCCAUCAGGACCGCCAUUGAUACCGGUUGUGGGGUUGCAAGUUGGGGUGCUUACUUGCUCUCUCGAAACAUUAUACCAAUUUCAUUUGCACCAAAAGACACACAUGAAGCUCAAGUUCAAUUUGCCCUUGAGCGAGGAGUUCCGGCAUUGAUUGGGAUUUUAGCUACUAAAAGGCAACCUUACCCUGCAAGAGCUUUCGAUAUAGCGCAUUGUUCUCGCUGUCUCAUCCCUUGGGGACAAUAUGAUGGGCUGUAUUUAAUUGAAGUUGAUCGAAUUUUACGUCCUGGUGGAUACUGGAUUCUUUCUGGACCACCUAUUAACUGGGAAAAUCACUGGAAGGGCUGGAAUAGAACAGCUGAAGAUUUGAAAGCAGAGCAGGAUCAAAUUGAGAGCGUUGCGAGAAGCCUAUGCUGGAAGAAAGUAACUCAGAAAGGCGAACUAGCAAUUUGGCAGAAGCCAACUAAUCACAUGCAUUGCAAAAUUAACCGGAAGGUCUUCAGGAAACCACCCUUUUGCCAGGAACAAGAUCCAGACAAAGCAUGGUACACCAAGAUUGAUGCUUGUUUGAAUCCCCUACCCGAAGUGUCAAAUGUUAGAGAUAUUGCUGGAGGGCCACUGGCGAAUUGGCCGGAAAGAUUGACUGCGGUCCCUCCUAGGAUUGCUAGUUCAAGCAUAGAGGGAGUUACUGCAGAGGGCUUCUCUAAAGACACAGAAUUGUGGAAGAAGAGAGUCGCUCACUACAAGGCCUUGGACUUCCAAUUUGCAGAACGUGGAAGGUACCGUAACAUACUUGACAUGAAUGCUUGGUUGGGAGGAUUUGCGGCUGCACUUGUUGAUGAUCCAGUUUGGGUCAUGAACGUCGUCCCUGUUGAGGCUGAAGUCAACAGCCUCGGAGUUAUCUAUGAACGUGGUUUGAUUGGGACGUACCAAAACUGGUGCGAAGCCAUGUCUACGUACCCGAGAACUUAUGACUUCAUACAUGCUGAUUCUGUUUUCAGCCUCUACCAGGACAGAUGUGAAAUGGAAGAUAUAUUACUGGAAAUGGACAGAAUAUUAAGGCCACAAGGCAGUGUAAUUUUCCGAGACGACGUAGAUGUUUUGGUAAAUGUGAAGAGCAUAGUAGAUGGACUACAAUGGGAUAGCAGGAUGGUUGAUCAUGAGGGUGGCCCUCAUGUUAGGGAAAAGCUUCUAAUUGCUACUAAGCAGUAUUGGACAGCACCAGCCCCUGACCAAGAUAAACAACCUUCAUAGGCAUCAUUGAAUCUUCUAUAGUUUUACAAUCUGGCCAAUUCUUUACUUCCUUUGUUGAUAAUUUUUGUUUGUUCAGUGGGCUCUUGUGAUUUUUCAUUGACCUCUCUAUCUUUUUGGCUUCAAAAUAAACAAGAGGAUAUUGAGGUUUUCCCCUGAGAUUACUCUUUUUACUAUUUGGCGUUCGAACCGGCUUGUGAUAUUUUACUUUACGCUCACUCUUUUACAUUUUGAAAUGUAAAAUUUGGAUAGAGACCAGUUUUUAUUUGAUAGAGUUAAAAUGACUACAAUGGUUUUCUUCUACUA